AACAGUCGUUGGGAGUGUCUAGGAAGGUCAGAGCCGGGAGAGUGUUGUGUUCCUGUAAUGGCGGAUUGCGGAGAGGGAGACGGUGUCGGGAGAUUCGACGACGGCCGGAUGGCACAGCAACAGGCCUUACGGUUCCGAGGGCCUACUCCCCCGCCCAGCCCUGUUAUGAGAGGUCCGCCUCCUCUAAUGAGACCGCCACCUCCACCCUUUGGAAUGAUGAGAGGUCCACCACCACCACCCCGACCUCCAUUUGGGAGACCACCUUUUGACCCCAGCAUGCCGCCUAUUCCUCCUCCUGGAGGUUUGCCGCCUCCUAUAGCUCCCCCACACAUGCAGAGACCUCCGUUUAUGCCUCCACCAAUAGCCAACAUGCCACCCCCUCCUGGGAUAUUGUUUCCACCAGGGAUGCCACCUGUCCCAACAGCAGGGGCACCAGCACAGCAGCUACCCACUGAGGAGAUCUGGGUAGAAAACAAAACUCCAGAGGGAAAGGUGUACUAUUAUAAUGCAAGGACUAGAGAGUCUGCUUGGAGCAAGCCGGAUGGGGUUAAGGUUAUCCAGCAGUCUGAACUAACACCAGUUAUGGUCACACAAACCACAGUUGUUUCAUCUGCCAGUACUCCUGUGGUCAGCACCUCCGCCCCACCAGUGUCCACACAAGCUAUGUCUACUACCUUACCCAUCAGUUCCGCCGCUCAGACCACUUCUACGCCAGCUGUGUCUCAGGUCAUAUCCACACCUGUCAGUCAAGACAUGACAUCUACGGUUACUUCGUCAGUUACUCCUUCACUCAGUGUGUCAACAGUCACUCCCACGGUGGCUCCGGUGCAAUCUGUACCUCCUACAGUCCCUCAGGCGGUGCCUCAACCGGUGCCUCAACCGUUGCCACAGAGCUUGCCAUCUCCUGUGCCCCAUGCUGUACCCCAGCCUGCAGCUGCUAUUCCAGCCUUCCCACCAGUUAUGGUACCGCCUUUCCGUGUGCCUUUGCCUGGCAUGCCCAUCCCAUUACCUGGUGUAGCAAUGAUGCAGAUAGUCAGCUGCCCAUAUAUAAAGGCAAUCGCUCCCAACAAAAACGGUGUACUCCCAGGCAUGGCUCCUCCGAUUGUACCCAUGAUGCAUCCACAAGUUGCCAUUGCUGCUUCUCCCGCUGCUUUAGCUGGAGGACUGCCAUUGCCCGAAUGGUCCGAAUAUAAGACGGCUGAUGGGAAGACCUAUUAUUAUAACAACAGGACACUGGAGUCCACGUGGGAGAAACCACAGGAGUUAAAAGACAAAGCUCUCAAAUGUAUGUUAAAUCCAGCCAGUGUUUCAGUGUUUCCUACAGUGGAAAAGGAAGCCGAGAAACCUAAAGAGCCUGUCAAAGAGCCAGUAGUUGAGGCUGAGCCAAUGGAGAUGGAGGAAGAGGAGCCAAAACUGGAGCCGCCAAAAGAGAUCAAAGAGCUAAUCAACAGUAACCUCGCAUUUGUCCCAAACCUUCAACCAGAAAUACACAUGGAUGGAAAGAAGUGUGAAAGUCUGAUGUCAAAAAUGGAGCCAAAAGAUGAGGAAAUGACUGAAGAAGAAAAAGCAGCACAGAAAGCAAAACCCAUUGCUACAUCUCCUAUACCUGGAACACCUUGGUGUGUUGUCUGGACAGGAGAUGAUAGGGUCUUCUUUUAUAAUCCUACCACUCGGCUCUCUAUGUGGGAUCGGCCUGAUGAGCUUAUAGGAAGAUCAGAUGUGGACAAAAUAAUCCAGGAGCCACCUCAUAAAAAGGGCAUGGAUGAAGGAAAGAAAAUUGCAGAACACGCUUCGAGCACCAAAACUUUUGAGGUCCUUGGAACAUGUUUCAGUAAAGAAGAGCUAGAACUGAUGACAGAGGAUUCUGCUGAAGACGAGCCAAUAAAAUCAAAGAAAAGAAAGAAGGAUGAUCUUAAAGAUGUGGAUUCUGAGAAAGAGGCAGCUAUGGAGGCAGAGAUCAAGGCUGCCCGGGAGAGGGCCAUCGUCCCUCUGGAAGCCCGCAUGAAACAGUUCAAGGACAUGCUACUGGAGAGAGGGGUUUCUGCCUUCUCAACAUGGGAAAAGGAGCUUCAUAAGAUUGUUUUUGAUCCACGAUAUUUACUGCUGAACAAUAAAGAAAGAAAGCUGAUAUUUGACCAAUAUGUGAAGACCAGAGCAGAAGAGGAGAGGAAGGAAAAGAAAAACAAAAUCAUGCUUGCCAAGGAGGAGUUCAGGAAAAUGAUGGAAGAUGCUAAACUGAGUCCUCGAGUCACAUUUAGUGAGUUUGCUUCCAAGCAUGCGAAAGACUCUCGGUUCAAAGCCAUUGAAAAAAUGAAAGAUCGGGAAGCAAUGUACACAGAGUUUAUGGUGGCGCUGAGGAAAAAGGAAAAAGAGGAUUCAAAGAGCCGAGGAGAGAAGGUGAAACACGAUUUUUAUGAAAUGCUGUCUGACCACCAUAUUGAUGGACAGACGCGCUGGAGUAAAGUAAAGGACAAACUAGAAGGUGAUCACCGUUACAAGGCAGUGGACAGCUCUACCACAAGAGAGGACCUUUUUAAACAGUACAUUGACAAACAAGCAAAGAAUUUUGACUCUGACAAAGAGAAGGAGCUAGAGAGACAAGCGCGAAUUGAGGCCAGUCUUCGGGAGCGUGAGCGGGAGGUUCAGAAAGCCCGUUCUGAGCAAACCAAGGAAAUUGACAGGGAAAGGGAACAGCACAAACGUGAGGAAGCCGUCCAGCACUUCCGUGCGCUCUUAUCUGAUAUGGUGAGAUCCUCAGACGUUUCCUGGUCAGACACAAGACGGACGCUUCGUAAAGACCACAGAUGGGAGUCGGCUUCUCUACUUGAAAGAGAAGAUAAAGAAAAGCUUUUUAAUGAACACAUUGAGGCUCUUACCAAGAAGAAGAGGGAGCAUUUCCGCCAGCUUCUAGAUGAAACAUCAUCGAUUACACUAACCACCACAUGGAAAGAAGUUAAAAAAAUAAUUAAAGAAGAUCCUCGCUGUAUUAAGUUUUCUUCUAGUGAUCGUAAAAAGCAGAGAGAAUUUGAAGAAUACAUCAGAGACAAGUAUAUAACUGCGAAAGCAGAUUUCCGUACUUUGCUCAAAGAGACCAAGUUCAUCACUUACAGAUCCAGAAAGUUGUUGCAAGAGUCGGAUCAACAUCUGAAGGAUGUCGAAAAGAUCUUACAAAAUGACAAGAGGUAUUUAGUGCUGGACUGUGUCCCAGAAGAGAGGAGAAAACUGAUAAUGGCCUACAUAGAAGACUUAGACAGGCGAGGACCACCUCCGCCACCAACUGCAUCAGAGCCAACUCGACGCUCCACUAAGUAAUCCAAUGUGGCCUCCCAGGUGUAGAGCAGUUCAUCCAUCCAAGAGCCUUUGCAUGAGCCAUCUAGCGGAUGUCCGACUGCACAGUUUUAUCUGUAUGUUGUGUAAAUACAUGAACAUGAAGUAUCCCGAAAAUUAAUUUAAUCCAAAUGAUUGAAGAUUGGAUAUUCAAGUCCAGACCAAGAGGACAAAUUGAAAUUUGGUUUCUCUCAAGGGAUAUCAAAGAAGUGCAAAUGCUUUUACAUCCGUGGUUAACAUGAAGGUUCAUGCAGUCUUGUAAAGUUUUUAGAUGAUGAAUAUAUAUUUCUAUAUAUUCAGUGGUUUAUUCAUGGGACUGGGAUGACUGUGCAAGUGGCAGCCUUUCUAAAAGGAGUCAUUGUAAGAAAUCAGUUUACAGUUUGAAUGUUUCGAUGUUUCUACAGUUUAAUUUUGAACGUGUUGCUAUAUUUCUGUACAUGAGCAGUUUACUGGAAUAAAGGCAAACCCUCUUCUUUUUUUUUUCUU